UUUCAUAACAAUAGUCCGUUCUGAGCCCAACACAGAGGUGAAUGUAAUGUAACCGUCGUGCAAGAGAUUGGCCCAACUUAUUUAGCAGACCGUGUAACGGGUAUUUAAAGUGAUAUAAAAGGUAAACAGGUGUGAAGCGCAUAGCAGCGGAAUAAAUAUACAUGACUCGUUUUGUAGCUUAUAUUUAGAUCAUUAAACGAGCACAGAACUUGUUUUAAAUAAGCAACAUUACUCUCCAAGGAAAUGUAUUCACUUGUUUUCGCAUCUUCAGGAAUUUUAACUUUCGACUAGAAGAUAAUUUGCGAGUGAAACAAAUGGAAUAUUUAUUGAAAUUAAUAAUGAAUAUCAAAGUCAUAAACACCUUGACGUACAUGAAUGUUAUCAUUACGGUGUGGAUUUCAUUACGAUGCGUUACCACAGUAACUCAAGUUGAUGUAUGUCCAGACAUAGUUGUACCCGAGUGUAAAGCCAUCGACAACAGCACACUGUCUUGUAUGGGGUACAUACCGAACAACGUGCCUUUGAACACGUUAACUGUCUUAGUGUACUGCUUAGACACGCCCGAGAUCAUCUACAUACACAAUGGUUCCUUUCAUGGAUUGAAUUGGAACAGAGUCGAAACGCUACGUAUUUCGGGUCAUGGGUCCUCUGAGUCUCAGAUGCAUGUUGAACCAGGCGCGUUCACUGGGUUGGACAGUCUGAGGGAGUUACAGCUUAGCACUACCUUCAAAUUCCAGAUUAGUUCUGGAACGUUCGCAGGUCUUGAGAACGUGAAGACGCUGAACAUGAGCGGAUGUAAAAGACUUGAUGACAGGUUAAUUAUCCAGAGUUUCAGCCCGAACACUUCAUUGCCUCGCUUAGAAGCUCUAGACAUCUCCUUCAUUGGUACCUUUCGCUUUCCAUUAAAUAUGGAUGGUGACUUCAUGACCAUAUUGAUGAAUCGCCCAAUAAAGACCCUGAUUCUGAGAGGAGCUGUCAUAAAUAGAUUAAAUCUUACUGAUUUGCAACGGGUGUGCAACGAUAUUAAACUAGAAAAUUUAGACUUUACCGACGCCAGAUUCGACAUAGUCCUUAACGAUAUGUCUGUCAAAGUCGUCUGCAAAAAUAUAAAAUCUUUGGAUUUAACAGGGGUGACCUUUCCACGUCACUUUAUAUCUUGCAUUAUAAGCGAAAUUGCAAAUUUGGCCGGUGUACGUAUCAAAUUGAACGAAUCUAUAUUGGCGUUCUUCGGAGUGGAAAAUUUAACACUGCGCAGAUUAUGUUCAGAAAAUCCCUUACGAAAACGGUUGAUAAAUAUCAAGUACGUAACGCUAGAAACUGGGCAACCAGUUGCCAUUAAGCGGAUCGAGGUAUGUGACAGCAACAUCCAAGUACUGGAUAUAGACAUGAUUUAUGCGUCAAUUGACGUAGAACAUUUAGUUUUCUGCAAUAACAGUCUAGAGUAUAUUAACCCCAGAUCGCUUUUUUUCAAUAAAACUUUGAAAUAUUUAGAUUUUUCUGGUAAUAACCUUUAUAAAAUGAUUUUGAAAAACGCAACAGAAUUGAAAAUGGUGUUUGCAACGUUGUAUAAUUUACUUGCACUUAACCUUUCUCAAAAUAAGUUCACAACACUUCCUCCCGAUUUGUUUCUAAACAAUUCAAAACUUCAAGUAUUGGACUUAUCAAACAACCCUCUUAAAAACUUCCAAUGCGUGUUUCCAAAUAACUCCGACAUUCAGUCACUUAAUCUGAGUUUCAACCAAAUUCUAACCUUGGAUGUGACGUCACGAGCAAUUGACUUAAUUGGAAGGCAGGCAUUUGUUGACAUCUCGCACAACCCUCUGCGAUGCUCGAAGUGCGAAGACGUGACGUCAGUCUCAUGGCUUCUGCAGACGAAUGCUGUGAUUGACAAGAUCGCGUUGCAAUGUUCGACUGGGCAAGUGGCUAUCAACGAGCCGCUGUCUAUUUCUAUUAAAAAUCAACUCCAGCACGAAUGUAAGCUUCCUAUGAUCAUUAUGACAAGCAUAUGCGCCAUAUUGGUUCUGCUUAUUAGUGCGUGUUACGCAACAGGGAGGUGCAUUCAAAACAAACGUAUACACGAGCGAAUGAGACUGAGGGAAGAAAGAUUACAGAACCUACGGCAAGGAUUCGGGGGUAUCAAAUACGCAGCAUUUAUAAUGCACAAUGAUGCUGACGAUAAAUUUGUUAAAGAAGUGUUACAUCCCCGUUUGAAAUCACUCUUAUCACAAAGGGUUGGAAUUGAACGGGAAUCACAAAGGGUUGGAAUUGAACGGGAAUCACAAAGGGUUGGAAUUGAACGGGAAUCACAAAGGGUUGGAAUUGAACGGGAAUCACAAAGGGUUGGAAUUGAAAGGGAAUCACAAAGGGUUGGAAUUGAACGGGAAUCACAAAGGGUUGGAAUUGAACGGGAAUCACAAAGGGUUGAACUUGAACGGGAAUCACAAAGGGUGGGAAUUGAACGGGAAUCACGAAGGGUUGGAAAUGAAGGGGACCUGGUCAGUUUAAUCGACACGAACCACGAAGCUUCACAAAGACUAUGGGGAAUUUACAAGAAGCUAAUCAACGAAUCUUCCGUAAUAGUUGUACUUCUUACGAACGAUUUUUGUAACGAUAAAUGUUUACAUGAGAUUCUUUUGUCGUGUAUGCCGACAGGAGAGCUAAACGAAGUCGUUAAGCCUAUCGUAUACAUCAAAAAGGGAGACAUCGACAUGAAAGUAUUAGAAGAAAAAAUCGCUUAUAAUUAUAAUAGAUCCGCAAGAAAAGUGAUUUGGCGCGAAGAUGCCGACAACAACGCGAAAGACUUGGAAUACCUCUGUGACUUGGUAAUUGACAGCCCAAUCGACAUCCAUGUUGUAAGAAAUAUAACAGUAUGUAACAUUUUGUGUAAUGUGUGCAAAAGCACUGACUCGGAUAACACGUAUAUCAGACUGGAAAACUAUAUUGUUUGAAAGAUGAUAUUUGUGAAAUAUAAAAUUAACCUGAAUAUUUUUAAGGAGAAAAUCGAUUGAUUUAAACAAAAAUGUUGCGUAACUUAUCGCGUAAUAUAAUACCGCUGAUCUCCAAAUAAAGUCAAACGAGCUUUGUCUGUUGAUCAUGCUAAUUAUAUCAAACAAUACUUGUUUCAUCUGACCUUAAGAAUGAAGUGUGCUUUUGCAGAUUUUAGAUUGUACCUGAUUAUGUCAACAGGGUGAGAUAAAAUAGCCUAUGAUUAAAAAUUAAAUUGUCUAUGAAUGAAAUGUGCUGAUUUUUUAAUGUGGUGGUUCGUUUGAAAAUUGUUUGGUUAUGUUUUAUCUCAAUUGCUAUAUUCAUAUGCAAAGAAUGUCAUUUUGUGUUCGAUAAUUUUCAUAUCAUGCAAUCAAUAGUAUCCGGACGUCAUAAUCAAUUUCGGAUAUAAGUUUUUUGCAAUUGGUUUGGCUUUUCAUUAUAUAUGUUGUAAGCCCAAUGGUCGUUUUAUGUUAUGGCCUUGACCGUACCUGCGCCUGGCUGUCUGUCUGACCUCAAAUGUUAUAUUCCUACUCACUAGUAUGUUCGUAACUAAGGAACCAAAGAUGCUUAUUCAUAUUAAGGUGAACAUGUCCAAAAUCAAGCGCACAUGGAAUUGUGACAUGAACAUUGCUUCCACAUAAAAUAUAGAACUUUCUUAGAAGUAUUACACAUACAAAUUGGUAUGAUAAUCAGUCUUAAUGAUUUAAAAAACAAGACAUCAAUGUUAUUGUCACAGGUACCAUCUGUUUUAAAUCGGGGGGGGGGGGGGGCAUAUUUUAUAAAAAUAUCUUGUUUUAUAUUAUGAUUAUAUGUGCAUUUGCAAAAUUCAGAACGAAAACAAUAACACGUGAUCAUUUUGUGAUUGUGUAUAAUGAUGUUUUUUUGUUUUAACUGUUAUGUAUAUUACACACAUUUCAUUAUUUUUCUGUGCCCAUUGUUGUAAUCAACUUACCUAAGCGCAUUAAUGGUUACCAUAAUUCAUGGUUUUUUUUUGUGUCAGUAAGAUAUUGAUUUGAUUAUUUUUUGCAUGCAAAUGGUAUUGUUACAGCCAUAUUUGUUCACUUUUUUACUUUUUACACUUUAUAAAUACUGGUAAGUCAGAGUGUAUAUGUAUAAUGUUUUCAGUACAUGUGAUGCCAUAUAUGCAGUUUAUAAUUACAAUUACUUCAUUAUCAAAUCAAGCGAAUCUAACUUAAAUUUCUGUGAGUAUCAUUUGAAAAUGUCGAUUUUUUUUCGUAUACGAAAUAGCAUACAUGCUUCAUCAUUUUUGGGAUCUCUGUGAAAAUAUGUAAAUUCACGAGGGAAAUUUUCUCACAUGAUUUUUUUUUAAAUGUUGG